AUGACACAUUUGUCCGACGAUUCGGAAGAUGAUGAAAAAUUACCCCCAAGGGUUGAUAGAUUUGAUGUUGACAGAAGUGAAAGAUAUUUUAUUGGUAAAGAUUACGGAAAUUAUUACAAAAAAGAUUUUGAACAUGUGGAUGAAUAUGAUAAAGGUAUUAUCAGCAGUAUACAAUUUUUAUACGAUAGAAGAACAUCGUUUAUUUUAGAUUUUCUUGAUCGAACAAAAACACCUCGAUUACCGUGGCAUGAUCAGGGUAUGGUUUUAGCCGGUGAAGUCGCGAGAGAUUUGGCACGCCACUUUAUUUCUCGUUGGAAUAUUCACAAGGUAUUAACUGUCGAGUAUUCUAUCGCUCAGUAA